UCGCUCCCCUACGCCUGGGUCUCCCUGCCUGGGGCGGGUCUCUCCGGCCCUGGGGGGAGGCCCUUGGUCCCCUAAGCCUGGGUCUCCCCGCCGGAGCCAAGUCUCUCUGGCCCUAGGGUGCCCUCGCUCCUGGACUCCUGGGUUUCUCCGCCGUAGGCGCAUCUCCCCGACCUAAGGUGCCUUCGGCUUUCUGACGCCUGGAUCUUCCCGGAUCUAGGGAGUCCUCGGCUUCAGGACACCUGGGUCUCCCCGCUAGGGGUGCGAUUUUCCUGCCCUAGCCACUUCCACUCCCACCCCCACUCGCAUUCCCUAACGUUUGGGACUUUCCGGACCCAAGAGGCCCCUGCUCCCAGACGCCUGGGUCUUUCCUCCAGGAGCGCCUCACUUUGGCCUGGGGGCGAUGAGUCGCGGGGCUGUCCUGGCCCUGGCAUUGCUGGUAUACGCGGGCUACCUGACGCUGGGCGCCCUUGUGGUAUCGGCGAUCGAGCGGCCCCAGGAGAGCCGGCUGCGGGCUGAACUGCUGGCGCUGAAGGAGGAGCUCUUGGAGCGCAGCCCGUGCCUGGACGACUCGACACUAGAGUACUUCCUAACGCGGGUGCUGGAGGCCGGGCGCCACGGGGUGUCGGCUCUGCACAACGCCACGGCGCCCACCAGCUGGGACUUCGCCUCAGCGCUCUUCUUCGCCAGCACCCUCAUCAGCACAGUGGGUUAUGGCUAUACCACCCCUCUGUCGGAUUCAGGCAAGGCCUUCUCUAUCUUCUUCGCCUUGCUCGGGGUGCCAUUUACCAUGCUGGUGCUGACGGCCACAGCCCAGCGCGUGGGCUUGUUGGUGACCCACGCCCCAAUUCGCUGGCUGCAGUUCCGCCGAGGCUGGGACCCACGGCUGCUGGCCCGUUGGCACCUGGUACUGCUACUGCUGGGGGUGCUGACCUUCUUCUUCCUGGUACCGGCUGCCAUCUUCACCUACCUGGAGAAUUCCUGGACUUUCCUUGAUGCUUUCUACUUCUGCUUCAUCUCCCUUUCCACCAUUGGGCUAGGGGACUACGUGCCUAGUGAGCAGGAAGGUCAGAAGAACAGGGCCCUUUACAAGGUUCUGGUCACAGUGUACCUGUUCCUGGGGCUGGUGGUCAUGGCCCUGGUUCUUCAGACCUUCCGGCGUAUGGCUGACCUCCAUGGAUUGACUGAACUCAUCCUGCUGCCCCAGGAGUGCCAGGCUGAGGAUGAGGAGGAUGAGCACACAGACAUCCUAGACACUCGGGUUCAGCCCACUCAACAGCAGCUCAACUCAGGCACCUACUCAGACUAUGCUACUAUCCCCCGGUAGCCCCGACCCUUCCCCCCUGGCCGAGGCCUUGCCUUGGGGGCCAGGUAUGGGCCUGGGGCAAGACUAAGCCCCCUUUUAUCCUUACUACAACUAUCCCCUGUGUCUAAUACCUGAGCCCUGCUGUUUAUGUGAGAUAAUAUUACAAGUGUUUGGUUUUUUUUGCACUUCAAAA